UUAUGCUGUAAAACUUUUGUAUGAAACAUUUUUUAAUAUUUUGUUUAGUUUACGAGAUAUAUCAAAAAACCGCAAAAAUAUCUCAACUUUGAAAGGUAAUUUUACCCCUUCAAACCGUUUUUGAGCACCAACUAAAAAUUUCUAAAUUCAUGUAUUCACCCCCUCUACAUUUAUGCCAAGUUUCAUUAAAAUCAGUAUUUACGGGUUCGCGAGGUUCCCUUGUGAGUGUUUUGUGUGGUUGUAGCGAUGUGAUAAGUUUGUACAACAGCUUGAGGAACAUAUCCGCGUCAAGUGUCCUGAAUUUGUCGUCGGACAAAGACAAUCGUUGAUGGCGAGAAUCGCGCGACUCGAGGGUGAAAAGAUACGAUUACAAAGAUGUUUCGUGCAUGUAGGUGGUGAUUACGCGAGCACUAGUAAUAACGCGGACAGACUCGUAUGACGAGAGAUAGAUACAGCGAGAAUCGCAUUCAGACAGGUGCGGUGAUAAAUACAAACUAUAUUGAACCGCGAACGUUUUUAGAAGACGCAGGCGGUAUAGUGCUCGAGCGAGUGCGGAACGCUCUAGAAAAACACAAUAGGAUGAAAGUGAAUACGGCAUUCAACGGCGUGUUUGUAACGGGUGAUAAACGUGCCAACAAAAGUAUAAAUACUAAAAAUUGUGAACUAUUUCAAACGUCGGAUUUGGAUGAGUGGUAUGAGCGACGCGUUAUUAAGCCCAUAUUAGCGUCACUCGAAGAGUUUUAAGAACGUGAUAGCGGGUGGGCGCCGUCAUGAAUUUUUAAUUUGACUCUAAAUAUAAAUAAGUACAAUCCUCUACACGCAGGGUGUUAAGUGACAUUACCGCGAGAAAUAAUGAUGAAGCGUGCGGUAGUGAACGUUAAUAUGAAGGACAAUGCAUGCUUCGCGUGGUCAAUAGUCGCCGCUCUACAUCCUGCUGAAAGAAAUUCAGAAAAAGAGUCAUCAUAUCCUCAUUAUACGACGAUCCUAAGCAGUUUGAUGACAUUGCGUUUCCCGUUACACUAAAGAACAUUGGGAAAUUUGAGAGUCUUAACAAUGUAUUGAUCAACGUCUAUGGGAUCAAAAAGGAAGUGGCGAUGCUAAAGAUUCUUCCGCUGUGGCUCUCCAACGAUAUGAAAGAGAAGCGUGUCAAUUUAUUAUAUGUACAAAAUUCACGCGAAGACAACGUGGGUCACUUUGUCUAGAUAAAAAAUCUGUCUCGCUUCAUCAGCUCUCAACUGAGUAAAAAUGAGCACAAGAAAUAUAAUUUGCGAUCGGUGCUUGCACUAUUUUUCAUCCUGCGAGAGGUUGCAAUUACAUGCUGUAGACUGUCAGAGGAUGAACGACUGCGCUAUCACAUUGCCUGCCAAAGACGACAAGUGGUUGAAUUUCCGGAAUAUAAACCACAAGGAGUGCCCUUUAUCGCGAACCUCGAGUGUGUGUUGCGAAAGACGCAACACGAUACAGAGCAAGCGUCAUACAUAUAUCAACAACAUAUAUUUAGCAUCGGAUAUUACGUACGAUGCUCGUAUGACGUCACGUUAUCCAUGUACCAGUUUCGUCGCGAUAAAAAUUGCGUCGCGUGGUUCACCAAACAACUUGAAGAAUUAGCGCAUAAUAUUAAGACUCGUUUAUCAACUAAUGUCCCCAUGGAAACGUUAUCAGAGGAACAGUUGGAGGUAUACCGUAGCGCGACGCGAUGUCAUAUCUGCGAUAAGCCGUUCGCGUUGGAUGAUACGCGGGUGCGCAAUCAUUGCCACUUGACCGGUCGUUACCGCAGUCCCACGCAUUCUCUCUGUAAUCUAAAUUAUCGAAAUGUAUCACACAUGUCGGUUAUUUUUCAUAAUUUAUCUGAAUACAAUUUGCAUUUCAUUAUUAAGGAAAUAGCCACUGCGUUUAAAAGGUAGACCGA